GAAAUACCAGAAAUGGUCCAACACCCUACGGGUUCCGACUCACGCCAGAAGAAGAAAUGAGGAGACAGCGCCUCCACAGAUUUGAUGGCCAGUGACGUGGCACCGCGCCUGGGAAGACAUGGUCCAGCUGUGUGACUGUAGCCCGUUCAGUUUACUCCCCAAACCCCUAUUGGGUUUUAAACAAAAGCAGAGCACACACCAUUUAUCGUUGCAGAGCACUCGUGGCUGCCAUGAACUGUCUGUCACUCCAUGGCCCCUGUAUGUCCAGAUUGACAUGCCCAGCUGACACAUCUGGAAACUAGGCUUGCCCCGUGAAGUGCACAGCUUUCACUGGGUGGCCUGUCUGGCCCUGUGCUCACUUCUAAAACAAGAGUCACCUCUUCAGUUGGGACCAAUUUCCACACUCCCCUCUUUCUUACCUGACUCUGUGUCACAGCCAUUUGGGGUUGAAGACUGUGACCUUAAUAGGAAGUGGUUUUUCACCAGAUGAGAGGAUCCUCUCUCUCUCUCUCUCUCUCUCUCUCUCUCUGUCUGUCUCCCUGGUACGCUGAAUACUCAGCUUGGCAAGAGGUG